GCUAAAGCUUAAAGAAUCGUGCAGUAAAAAAGAGUAUUAAAGUAAUAUUGAUUAAGGAUUUGAAAAUGAAAACAAAACACAUAACAAAAACAAAAAAACUUAAAAGAUAAGAACUAAAAUGAAAUAGUAUGAACUUUACAAAAAAAAUCCCUGGAAAUAAAAUAAAUAAAAAAGAAAAAGAAAAUAAAGCUAAUAAUAAAGAAGGAAAAAUGGAAAAUAAAAUACUAAAAAACUAAAAUAGAAGUAAAAUCUCUCAAAAAUCAUUUCAAAUUAGUUUUGCAGGAAUCGAAGAUCAUAAAUGUUGAAAAUAAAUCACCUAUUGCUUCCUUUUCCCUUUUUUGUCCAAAUCGCCUUCACUUUCCGCCCACAUGUGCCACUAUUGGACACUAACAAUGGACGGGGCCCAACUACCCAACGAAUGCCCAAAAACCGAACCAUCCAUCCGGCUGACACACAUUUUGGCGUGCAGUUUAGUUUGGCGUAGCUCGUUUGAUGUUUAGCCGUUCCCGUAGCCCCCGACCCGGGAUGGAGCACUUAUUGUCGCGAGCACGAACAACCGCCGACCCGAACAAUAUCGGCACGGAGCAUUCUUGGGUGGCUUUGGGCGUUAGGUGGAGCUGGUGGACGGGGAAAACAAACUCUCUUCCAUCAAAAGUGAAUCGUGUGGCUCAUCCAACCGUACCGACUAACGAGCCAUUCUCAAAAGCGUGCUCAAAAUCCUUUCCCGUCGAUUUUUUUUCUUCCGUUUGUUCGUUCGUUCGUUCGACUACGUGUCCCUCGUUGGCCAGCGCUCAUCCUUCGUGCCCGGGUGGGUGGAACUAUUUGCUGGCUGCAAUCGAUGCCUCCGACGAGGAAUCGAACGACGGGAACGCGGACCGCCAGCAUUAGGUGCUGUGACGUUCGGUUCGCUGGGCGAGCGGGCUGAUCAGUGGUGAAGAUCUUCCGGGCGGGUUCCCGGACACGAUUUGAUAAUGGAGCAACAGCAGCAGCAGCCGCAACAGCCAGUGCAAAUGGCCUCCACCAGUCCACAGUCGGGCGGGAGUCCCGGUGGAGCGGUGACAACGACCGCACCACCGGCCGCUCCAGCUUCGACGCGGAAGAAAACGGGCAAGUUCCUCGGGUCGGCACUGAACAUCACCAAUCGGUACCGGGCGAACAGCAGCAGCCUGAGCAAGGUGAGCCUUGCCAUUACCAAUCUGAAGGUGAUCCAGUGCAAUCCAGUGCUACCGCCUCCGAUCAGUGCGAUGAUUGCGUCGGACAUACCGCCGAUCUGUAAGUUUCUUCCCUCGUACCGGCUCUGCUCCCGCAAUCCGUUCAACCGGGAGGCGUGCGAAGCGAUACUGCGGGACGCGUUGGACAAAUCGUUGCAGGGCGUAGAGUACAGCUCGUACUUUGCGCCCUCGCUCUGUCAACAGAUCUGUGAGGAUAUUAAGGCGCGCGUCAAGGAGCUGAAGUUUGACAGGUACAAAAUCAUCGUCACCGUUACCAUCGGCGAACGGUACAUGCAGGGACUGAAAGCAAUCACCCAGUUCCUGUGGGACCCGGAGAAGGACAGCUAUGCCACGUGCAUCUACGACGCAUCACCGAGUCUGGUUGCUGUCGGGACGAUUUACGCCAUCUAUUUCGAUUAGUCUUACUCCCGGGAGCGGCAGCCCGUACCGUACCACGAUCCGGUCGACGAGAAAAGACGACACAGACACAGCUUGCCAAUUGGGUUGGGGGAGAAGCCGUCAUCUAUUACUUCGCUUGAUGGGCUCGAAGCGAAGUGGGCGCCGCAAGAUGGCGAUGCAAUAUCAAACCUCUGAACUGCAUACGACAGCGGGACCGGCGAGGGAUGUCAUCUCGUUCUCUUCGCUGACAGUCGUCCACGCUGCACGGACUCUAGGGCAUGUAGAGCGACAUAAAUGUGCAGCAGCGCAGGCAGCAGCCAAGGAAUGAAGUACAUUCACACAUUUCAUCCCGAUAAUCUGUCAUUGUUACAUUGCCACGAGUUAGUUCACUGAUUUGUGCUUCGAUUUGUGAUCGCAGGCCCCGCAGGAAUCCGACCGGGCGAGGGUUCCAUUUUCACUGCAGCUCUUCUGCAGCUAAUAAUCGAACGAAGCAAAAUGAAAACGUAAAACAAUACAAAUCGUACCAUUCAUAGCGAACGAGCGAUAUCGUAUGGAAAAAUGGAUUAAUGCAAAGCUUACCGGCAAACAUGUGUCUUUAAAUCGUUCGUAGAAUUGUCGCUAUUCCAUCGAGCUCAAGUAGUAGCGGUGAUUGGUGACGAGCGUGAUGAGCGUUAUCAGUAUCGAAGUGUAGCGUCUGUAGGGUGAAGUGCAAAACGUGACGUAAUUGAUAACUAAUGCCGACCGACGGCAACAAAAAGCAGCUGAUCGUAAUUGUGUUUGUAUUUGCACAGGGUAAGAUGAGUCGCUGUCUGGCGCUUCAGAAGAGCUUGUUUGCAACAGUUUGAAGAUGGUUUAUCGGAAAUCCCAUUGACGUUGGCUCUAAUCAGAUUCUAGUGAAUGAAUGGAAUGAGUCUAGAAUGAAUGCUCUACAUAACUUAUGAGGAAGAAGAAAAAUAAUUUUGAAAGUUGAGGUUAGGUUAAGUUUGAGGUUAAGGUUAACUAGAAGCCAUUGUUAUGCUAAAUAUUAAGCAAGAUUUUUUUAUGAAAAGUAAAGCCGAUCUUAUUGUUAAUUAUCGAAUUUAAGAGAAGUUAUUCAUAAAUCUAAAGUAAAAA